GGCAGCGGCGGCGGCGGCAGCGAGCCUCGGUCUCCGGCCGCUUCACUCCGCGCCUUCUGCAGCCGCCACUGCAGCCGCGCGGCGGGGCUCCCUCCCUGCAGCCAGCCGGCGGCCCCAGCCUGGUGCCUUGGGAAAGGAAAAGGGCGCGCGGACACGCGUUCCAGGCGGGGCCGGAGAGGACCUCCUGCGCGCCGCUCGCCUCCCGCCGGCUAGCUCUCCACGGUUGCCCCCUCGGCCCUUGGCUCGCGCGUCAGCCCCUCCCGUACCAGGGAGCGGUUUUGGGUGGCGUGGGCUCCAUCCUCUUCUUAGCUGGUGGGAACGGUGUGCCCGGGAGAGGAAGUCUGGUGGGCCCGGCCCCUCCCCGCCCAGCGCCGAUGAGUGCCAGGGCGCCCAAGGAGCUGAGGCUGGCGCUGCCGCCGUGUCUCCUCAACCGGACCUUUGCCUCCCCCAACGCCAGCGGCAGCGGCAACGGGAGCGCCAGGGGCCCGGGCGCGGGCGGCAGCGGCGGCGGCACCUGCAUCACGCAGGUGGGACAGCAGCUCUUCCAGUCCUUCUCGUCCACGCUGGUGCUGAUUGUCCUGGUCACCCUUAUCUUCUGCCUCAUCGUGCUGUCCCUGUCCACCUUCCACAUCCACAAGCGCAGGAUGAAGAAGCGGAAGAUGCAGAGGGCUCAGGAGGAGUAUGAGCGCGAUCACUGCAGCAGCACCCGCAGCGGCCAGGGGCUACCCCCCGCGGCGAGCACCCGGGCCCCGGCCCCCGCAAAAGAUACCCGGCUGGAGAGGCAGCCCCGGGACUUUGCCUUCUGCGGCCCCUCCGAUGCCUCCUCCUCGUCUUUGUCCCCUGGCCUCCCGCGCCAGGCUCCCUGCGCUCCUCCGCCUCCGCCACCCGCGCCCAGUCCCCAGGGAGCACACGCAGCCUCCUCCUGUUUGGACACAGCUGGCGAGGGCCUCUUGCAGACGGUGGUACUGUCCUGAUUGUUGAGCCCCUCUCUCUUCUCCCCUCCCUCAUGCCCAGCAUCUUGGCCUUCCUUGCUUUUCUCCCCUCCAUCUUUCCUCUUCCACUUUUCUCUGGCCUCCCUUCCCUCUUCCUUCUUUCCGUAUCCGCCCGCCCCUCACUCUGUUUCUCCUCCGCCGAGGCACUGUGCGGUAUUUGUAAAUAUUGGGCAAGGAAAGUCUCGGAAGAAGAAAUAACGCUGAUAAUACUUUAUUAUUAAUAUUUAUAGUAAUUAUUAUAAUACUAAUAACACAGUCCAAGCGCAUGACAAAUCACAUAAUUUCUCAUUUGUCAAUGAACGACGCGUCUUCCCUCUCCACCCUGCACCCCCCCACACACACACAAUAAGGAGGAGAAACCGCACAAGCUACCAAAUAUAUAUAAACAAGGCAUUGAUUCACGGAGCAAAGGGAGCGGAGAGGCCCGGUGUGUUGUACAUAGCUGUCAAGUUAAGGUUCAGUUAACUUCCUUUCCUUCCGCCCCAACCCCCACCGCAAGCUUUCUCUUUUUCUUCAGCCGCCCUCCCUUCCCCAUUCCCACCCUCAGCCGGGCUCAGGCAAUAGUAUAUUAUAAAGAAAACGUCUACAUUAAGCAACAGAACUAUAAGAGGCCGCAGAGACAGUCCCAGGAAAACACCGAUGACAUGAACCGAUCUCCGUCCGCCCUCGUCUCACCCCUUAGUUAACCAUUCCCUUUUUCCAGGACCAGGCUUUUAAAUUUACUUUUAGAAGUGUCCCUCGCUGGCUGAAAAUCUUUAAAUGAGUGAAAGAAAGGAAGAAAGAAAGAAAAAGAGGAGAGAAAGAAGAGGAAGAAAAGAAAGAGAAAAGGAAAGAAGGAAAGAAAGAAAAAGAAAAUGAAAAAGAAAGACAGACCUGCUGCUUUUGCUGCCUGCCCUGCUCCAGGCCCCACACCUUUGAGUUGUGGCAUUUUCGGGAUUCACAAAGGAUCCAGGAGCUGUCCAGCCAGGGCUGGUGCUGAAAUUGCUUCACCAAACUGGUUACUUUAUUUGGUUGUGCAGGCGGAAGAGGGGCCGUUUUGGGAAGUGACUAUUUUAGCUUUUUGUUGGCUUCUUUCUUCUUUUUCUACAAUCGGGUUUGUGCGUGUACUAUUGGUUUUAUUAUUAAACAUUGCAUAAGUUACCUUUUUUGUAAAAAAAAGAAAACAAAAAGUACUAGGUGUGCAGUACUGAAAUUGCAGUAUCUAACCAACCAGAAUGUUUCUGUUUAAUUUUUAGAGCAAGUGCACCUUUGUUAUAUAUUUAUUAUAUUGGUACCAAAUAUAGAAGCAAACUAUAGUUCUGUACUACAUCCUCCAAACUGUAUAGUCUUGUUCUUAAUUUCCAGCUGUUGAUACAAUGGUUACCACUGGAUGAGUGAUGCCGUGGUGCAGGCCUGGCUUCUGCUGUUUCCAGAAGUGUUCUUUUGUACCUUACUCUGUAGUGGGCUGUUGUAAAGAGAUAACACAUUUCUUUCUUUCUUUUAUUUUUUUAUUUUUUAUUUUUUAUUUUUUUGGCGAAUAACAGAAACAACCAUAUCAGAACACAAAUAGAUAAUGGAUGUGCAGGAAUGCCAUCUAUUAAAACAUGGUUAGCAUUGAAACAGUGCCUCUAGUCCUCGCUGCAUGCAUCUACACCACCUGGAGGCGGUGAUGUGUGUGCUGGGUGUCCUGAGUGUGUUUGGGAGUGAGACUGGCAGGGGUAUUGGGCAAUUUGGAUGACAGGACAUGCAAAUUUCAAGAGAAGUUAAAUCUCAUAAUGCCUUGUCUGAUAAAAACAUAUGAAGCUUGUUUAGUUAAAAAUGUGUGCCUGCAUCUGAGGAUGCAGUGAGAGAAAGGCUCUUUCUCUUUUCUCAUUCUGGCUUAUCUGCCUUCACUGGAUGUAUGGGGGGGAAAAAACAGAGAAAAACACAGUGAGAGAGAUCAGUCUUUUUGUUCGCUCUCCUGUUGCCAGACCAGGCCAUCUCUGUUAGAAGUGGAGUUCAGAACUAUGCUUAUUUACCACCCUCCUUCCCUUGGAUUGAGGAUAGAAGGGCCAGAAGCAUUUUCCAUCUUAAUGAUAUGCAGUGACAUCCUUUCUUGGGAAUCACUUCUUUGACAGCUAUUUAAAUGUUUGGAUAAUGUAUGCAUGAGAAUGUUCUACAAAAAGUUCAACCAAAAGAGUUCUUAUUACCUGCAGCGUGUAAGGCCAGUGCCCCUGAGUGCAUCCCUCUCUCUAGUAAAUAGUAAUUCUAGAUCUUCUAUCUUGGUUCCAGGCUGAUGUGCUCUUAUCUAGAGAAGAGAUUACCUCUGAGGUUUUAGAUCAUCUGUUAAGUUGCCCAAGCUCAGUCUGCAUCUUUUAUACAAAUAAUUUAAUAAACCUAAUUUUAAUUACCCAUUAGAUAGUCACUCCAGUCCUUUCCUGAAGCACAGCGGAUCACCACCGAAGCAUGCUGUCUGUUGUGAUAUUAGGACAACCAGGUAUAAUCUUUGGGAACAACAUAUUAGACAAGGAACCAGAUCCCCUCCAGUGCCUUAGUCACUUCUGCGUAAUAGGUAAAGAGAGUGCAUUAACUCCCUCAGGCCACUAGGGAAUCCUUGAGUGCAUCAGAGCUCUGAAUGGUACAUCAGAAUGACUAAGGCACUGUGAAGAAGAAAGUCCAUUAAUUUUUGUAGCUCACCCUCGUCCAGCUGUAGCUCUUUAAUACCUUAUUACAGAAGACUUUUGGACUUGAAAUUUGAAUUGAAUCAGGGACUCAGAAGGGAGCUUCCUCAUUUCCAAUAAGCUCUACUAAGUGCAUGGAUAUUACUUUCUCCCCCUUAUUUGGUGCACUUUGUACAAUGAAUAAUUUCCCAUUUUAUUAAAGCAAUAAGAUGUUCUGUUGUGAGCAGUGCUGGAUGAUGAUUCCAUUUCCUUGGUGCUGAAGCUACUUGCACGUUCUUGCCUUACGAAUCACCGUGCAUCCAAGGCGUGCAAUAGUAAUCCCUCCGCGGAGCAGCCUCCACACUCGAGGGGGUAAUUAUGAAAUUGUCCUAUAUAAUUUUCCCCCAAAGGAACAGAGGACACAGGAGAAAUGAAAGCAUUAUGUAUACUGUUUAAAAAAUAUCUUGAUACCUCUAAACAUGGGCACACAUCCGUAAUAUACUCUUACUGUGCACCUUUAAAUACGUAUGCCUUUCUCCAUUAACUGACUGUGGUUUAAUAUUUUUAAUAGCGCUCUUUGUAAGGAUCAUGUGGUUUGUGAGGCAGAUUUCAUGCUGAGUUUAAUAUUCUUAGAAUUCAAAGCUUCUGGUGGUAUCACUUGAGAUUUUUAUGAUAGAGAAUUACAUGAAAUUCUAGUAACUCCAGUCCCCACACCAAAUUAUUGCAAUAAGCACAUAUCCAAGCAAUUUGCACAGACCCCAUUUAGAGCAUUGCAUCUUAUUGAGCUCAAAUGCCAGUCUCAGGAGUUUGGGAUGCUAUCAACAGGGCAUUUUGGAUUUCAUUUAUAUGAAACGAAAGGCAAUCUGGAAACAGCUAAAUUUAUUUGAAGGAUUUUUAUCCAUGCUGUCCCGUCAAAUGAAUUGCUUCAAAUCCCUGUAGCUACGGCCCAACUUCUGCACUUGCUCUUCGGUAUUAAUAAGGUGGCAUGCUUGAUUCUUACUGUUUUUAAAAAUGAAACAAUUGGAGAGAGAAUAUCAUUAUGUCAGCUGUAUGGGACUCUGAAUCUUAAAGAUGUAGAUGAAUAUAAUCUUCUUUAGAAUUUAUAUACACCCAUAGAUAUGUAUUUAUAUAUGCAUACAUUUUGUACAAAUUUACAAUGGACUUUUUGUAUUCUCUUUUCUGUCAUUACAAGAAUGAGAUGGAGACCAAAUAGUUGUUCCAUCCUCUUACCCAGAGAGGAUACUGAGAAGUCAGGUAUAUGCAUGUACUUAUUUCUCUGGCGUUAAAUCCGGAUGACUUUCUCUUUAUUUAAUGAAAGGGGAGAGUCUUGGUUGGCUCUGGGAAUUGGUAAUUAGAUAAGCUUCCUUUUCUAGUUAGUGACUCAAAUGUAGCAAUGAUAAUGAACUUGUGACCAUAUCUAUGUGGUCUAAAUAUCUAGAUGGAAAGCAAAAAUAUCUAGAAGAGCUUUAGGGCUAUCUGGACCACAAACCUGGAUUGUGGCUAGAUUUUUUUUUUUUUAAUUAUCAGCCUGUAUGUUGUGUGGAGAUACAACUUAUAUCUGCAUAUCUAAUGGUAAAGUGAAAAUAUGACCAUUAUCUGUUUAGUUUGAUAUGUAGUUUUUAAAAAAUAUGGGUAAAUUAGCUUUAAAAAAAGACUUUGGCAUCUGACUUUUCCACCAUUUCUAUCUAUAUCGAUUGACUUAAUUAGAUCAUGGUUAAAAUUCCAUUUUUUCCAUUGUGUCGACAUUUGCUUUAAAUGCUUUUCUGUGGGUGACAGGUGAGCAGCUGCUAGCGGAUGUUAUGUGGAAGUUACAGGUUAAAUUAGAACCAGAAACGUUCAUCUGGUCAGGUCCAUUCCCCUGUGAAUCUGGACUUUGAAUCUGAAUUUGAAAACCUUAAUCUCGGCCAUCCUUUUUGGGAUUAGUGAUCAUUAGGUGUUUUCAUUCACAUUAGAAUGAACUGAUCCGUCUGUAGAGGGGUAUUUAAUCAUUGAAUUGAACAUCACUCUGAUUCCGAUUUUGGUUCUGAUUUACUUGAUAUCAUUUGAGAAACAGCUUUGAUGACUUGACAUCAAUAACUAUUAAUGUCACCAACCUAGUAAUACAAUUGGUGCCAUAUAGGAAUGCUUAGCUAAGAAUAAGAGUUUAAUUAACUUUCAUUGGGGACAGUGUCUUAUUAAGGUAGUUCUACCUUUUUUGAAGCAGGGACACUUGUGAUUUCAUUGGGUUGUUUGUACAGGGAGAUUAACAACAAUAAUGACAAGAGCAACAGAAAACUGAUUUUUGAACUCAAAUAUAUCUAAUAGAAUAAAACAAAUACUAGAAUUCAUGGAAAAUUUGUUUUGCUUUUCUAUCAAUAAAAGAGUUUUCUUGUUAAUUGGCA